AGAAAUUUCAAACAUCAAAGAACAAGAAUCAUGAACAACAGCAAUGGGUCCCAAUCUACAAUUGUGCAGCUUUGCUAUGAGAAUGUCAAUGGAUCCUGUUUUAAGACUCCCUAUUCCUCUGGACCUCGAAUGAUCCUCUAUGUGGCUUUUGGCUCUGGGGCUCUACUGGCUAUCUUGGGAAACCUCCUGGUCAUGAUUUCAAUCCUUCACUUCAGACAGCUGCACUCUCCAGCCAAUUUUCUCAUUGCCUCCUUGGCUUGUGCUGACUUUUUGGUGGGAGCCACUGUGAUGCCCUUCAGCAUGGUGAGGUCAGUGGAGAGUUGUUGGUACUUUGGAGAGAGUUACUGUAAACUUCACUCUUGUUUUGAAGGAUCAUUUUGCUAUUCUUCCAUUUUUCACUUGUGUUUCAUCUCCAUUGAUAGAUACAUUGCUGUCACUGACCCUCUGGUCUAUCCAACCAAGUUCACUCUGAAUGUUUCCCUGGUAUGCAUCACAUUCUCAUGGCUUCUUGCUAUUGGUUAUACCUUUUCACUUCUUUGUAGUGGUGUGAAUGAGGAUGGGCUGGAGGAAUUAGUAAGUGCCCUCACCUGUGUGGGAGGCUGUCAGAUAGCUUUGAAUCAAACCUGGUCAAUGAUAAGUUUUCUACUGUUCUUCAUCCCCACUCUGAUUAUGGUCAUUCUCUACUGUAAGAUUUUUCUAGUAGCUAAAGAACAGGCUAGAAAGAUUGAAAACACAAGUAGCAAAGGGGAAUCUUCAUCCUCAGUGAGUUACAAAGCCAGAGUAUCCAAGAGAGAAAGAAAAGCAGCAAAAACACUGGGAAUUGCAGUGAUUGCAUUUGUGAUUUCAUGGUUCCCUUACUUUAUUGAAGUAAUAAUUGAUGCUUUCCUAGGGUUCAUCACCCCAACAUAUAUUUAUGAAAUUUUAUUAUGGUUUUCCUAUUAUAACUCAACCAUGAACCCUCUGAUUUAUGCUUUCUUUUACCCUUGGUUUCGAAGAGCAAUAAAAUUGAUUGCAACUGGGAAAGUCUUCAGAGGUCACACUUCAACAAUAGAUUUAUUUUCUGAAAAGGUAAAGGUCUCAGAUGAAACAAAUUAA